AUGGCGAACACUCCACGUGUAGUUUGCUGGGCAAAUAGAGAUGAAUGGACGGAGAUUUACCAGUGUCUAUACAGUUUUGACAAUGUAUAUCUUCAAAGAAAAGGCGUAAAUCGAAUAAUGGCCUGGAAAAGUCGUAGCGGAGGGAAGCUGCCUCUAUCUAUCGAAUGUACACUCGAUCUCAUCUUAGCUCAUUUGGCAGACUCACAGGCGUUCACACCAGAAGUACAACUUAUUCUUUCAAUGGCGCUUGUAAGGUUUGUUAACGGCAUGGUAGACUUGAACCAGAAGGGUCUUUAUGCUCGUUCUGUUCAAGCUAUUGCAGAAGAAAUAGGGCUUCCUGAUUGGCUGGUUGAUUUGAGGCAUGAAGCAACCCACGCAAACCUUCCUUCCCAGCAUACAUUACGUGCUGGGGUACAGGUGGCGUUGUCAUGGUUACGAGCAGAGUACUGGGAGGCACAGAUCAAGAUGCACAAGGAUUCUGAGGUCAAGCUUUGUGAGAUGAUUGACAGUUACCAAGCACUUUUUGCAAAGAAAAAGAAGAAGAAAAAGAAUAUUGAAAAACAAGAGCAAAAAGYUAAGGUUGUGGCUCAGGAGAUAACUGACUUUGUUUUGACCAAUAAUCUCUGGUCACACCUUCAAGUGUCACUUCUAAAGAAUGGGUUAAGAAAUGAAGUCCAAAAUGAAGAAACAGAAACACCUUCAUCCCAACUCUCAAAUGAAGAAAUAAAAUUCUGGAAACCACUCUUUGAAGCUCUUGAUAAAGAAUCUCCUGAAUUUAUACCACUGUUCUUGGUAUCUAUCUUAGAUCCACAGUCUGUAAAUAUGGAAAAGGAGAUCCAAGGCAGAAAUUGUUUUAAGUCCUGGGUGUUAUGGAUUUUGAAUUCAUGCUCUACCUUUACAACUAAAUUUCCAUGGCUAACUCUGCUUGAAAUAUGUCUUAAGAAACCAAAUCCUUUCACAAGAGAGUGUGUUACUUUGAUCUUAAAAGAAAUGCCUUCUAUACCAGACACCUUAAAACAAAACACAAUUUCAUUGAUAAACAUAAACUUAGUUGAAGAUUCUUUUGAGAAAAGUCCUGAUGCAUCCUAUGAAUGUAAAUCACUUGAACAGAUAUUGGAUGGUAAGGGAUUAGAAACCAUAAAACAGCCAGUUCAGGGAAAUGAUCCUCGUUCAUCUUCUGGUUGGUCUGUGAGUGGAGAAGAGACCAAAUGGAAUUUAAUUCCAUUUGGAGAAGUUCUAGGCUGUGAAUACCAGAGUUUAAAUCAUCUGGAAUUGUCAGAGUUUUUCAACAGUCAAAGUCAAAUUAAUAGUGACAAUUCAGCCAUCUGUAAAGAAGUUGUUGGAGAAGAUACAACAGAGGAAGACACUGAAAUGAUCAAUGGUUAUGAUGCAAAUGAAGUAGAUGAUAAAAUAUCAUCAGAGAAUGAUUUCAAUUGUAAUGAUGAUUCUGACAUAGAUGAGGAAGUUGCUAGGGUGUCAGAAUCUUAUGAUAAAGAAGAAGCUGAGCAAGAAAUUGUCUUAUUUUAGGAUUUGUAUUU